CCUGCAUCGGCAGGCGGACUCCCAACCACUGCGCCACCAGGGAAGCCCCUUUCUUACAUUUUGAAGACAAACUUUCAGUGUCAUUUUAUUUCUGAACAUGAAACAGGAUUAAAUUUGAGAUGAAUCUGAAAGGUUUCCAUUAGUAUCUAAUGUGAUUAUCCAGUACUAAACAUCUGUACUUAAUUGUACUUUUGAUGUGAAUACUGCCAUUUGAAUGAUAUAAUGUAUUUGGCCUAAUCUCCCUUUGGGUCCUUAUAAUAUGCGAGUUUUAAGUUGUAGAUUUUUGAGUAUUGCUCUGAUUUCAAGUAUUUUUCUCACUGUUUUAUAAAUAGACUCCUAUUUUUCAGGUUAUCUGUCUUGACUUAGGGAAAAACAGUGUGUCAUCCUUAGAUGCAAAGGUGGGGUGGGGUAGGGCAGUGCGAUUGGACAUACUUCUAUAACUUUUGGGAUAUCCAAAAGCACUCUUUUAGCCCAUGGGAAACUACAUUGUUAACAAAGUCACUGUAAAGAAAAACUGAUUGUAAUCUAAGUCUCUUCUUCAAGAGCGCUCCGGAAUCAAAAAUAUCAUAUUUGCCUAAUGUAGUUCAAUCCCUAAAGUUAGAAUUGAAAUGUUAGGAUAAUAGGUCAGCUGUUAAAUAUGUUUCUCCUCAAAUAUCUCUGUGGUAUAUUGUUCCUCACAUCUCUCUCUAUGUGAAAAAGUAGAGUGAAAAGAACAAAUUCCAGUAAGCUUAGCUAUGACCAAUGAGCAGUCCAGUUCUCUUUAAGCUUUUUUUAAUUAAGAAGACUAUUAACUUCAGAAAUGGGCUUUUGCUGUAACAGUCAGUAAUAGAUAUUUCCAACACCACACUAGUCUGGAGGUACCAGACCCAAUGGGUUAGUAGACUGCUUUAAAAAAAAACUAGAGCUGUGUUUAGAUUGCUUUAGAUGUUGUAUGGCCAAAUUGUAUAUCUCUUUUCCAUGGGUGUUGCAGGCUCACUUUCAUCUGCUGUAGUACGGGUUGAAGUGGUGGAGGCCACUUGAGUUGAUAUAGUUUGGAGAUUUUCUUCAUGUGAGCACAGGCUCAUCCCUCACUCUAUCAUGGCAUAAUCAAUUUUAUGAAGACUUCUCAUUCAAAGAGUGGGAUCUUCUAAGGUCUCAGCACCAGGGUUCUGGGCAGCGCCCUGAGAGGUCCACUGCUCGCACGCCUCUUCUCUCAAUCUCCACCAGCGCUGCUACUGCCUCUCUAGUCCCCCCCUGCUGCAGAGAGAGAAAAUUACAUCGGAAUCCAUGCAGCCGGCAAUGAUGAUGUUUUCUAGUAAAUACUGGGCAAGGAGAGGGCUUUCUCUGGAUUCAGCAGUGCCUGAAGAGCAUCAGCUGCUUGGCAGCAUAACACUAAAUAAAACUAACGCUGGCAAAAAUGAUGAUAAAAAAGGCAACAAGGGAAGCAGCAAAAGUGACACUGCUACCGAGAGCAGCAAGAUGGCAGUUGUAUUCUCCUUGAAAAAUGAAGUUGGUGGAUUGGUCAAAGCACUGAAACUCUUUCAGGAAAAACAUGUCAACAUGGUUCAUAUUGAGUCCAGGAAAUCCCGGCGAAGAAGUUCGGAAGUUGAAAUCUUUGUGGACUGUGAGUGUGGCAAAACAGAAUUCAAGGAGCUCAUUCAGUCCCUGAAAUUUCAAACCACGAUUGUGACGCUGAAUCCACCAGAGAACAUUUGGACAGAGGAAGAAGAGCUAGAGGAUGUGCCCUGGUUUCCCCGGAAGAUCUCUGAGUUAGACAAAUGUUCUCACAGAGUUCUCAUGUAUGGUUCUGAGCUGGAUGCCGAUCACCCAGGAUUUAAAGACAAUGUCUAUCGACAGAGAAGGAAGUAUUUUGUGGAUGUAGCCAUGGGUUAUAAAUAUGGUCAGCCCAUCCCCAGAGUGGAGUACACAGAGGAAGAAACUAAAACUUGGGGUGUUGUGUUCCGAGAGCUCUCCAAACUCUAUCCUACUCAUGCUUGCCGGGAGUAUUUGAAAAACUUCCCUCUGCUGACUAAAUACUGUGGCUACAGGGAGGACAACGUGCCCCAACUUGAAGACGUCUCGGUUUUUCUGAAAGAAAGGUCUGGCUUCACAGUGAGACCAGUGGCUGGAUACCUGAGCCCUCGAGACUUUCUGGCAGGACUGGCCUACAGAGUGUUCCACUGUACCCAGUACAUCCGCCAUGGCUCGGACCCCCUCUACACCCCGGAACCAGACACAUGUCACGAACUCCUGGGACAUGUUCCUCUACUUGCGGAUCCUAAGUUUGCUCAGUUUUCACAAGAAAUAGGCCUGGCAUCUCUGGGAGCAUCAGAUGAAGACGUUCAGAAACUAGCCACAUGCUAUUUCUUCACUAUUGAGUUUGGCCUUUGCAAGCAAGAAGGGCAGCUGCGGGCAUACGGAGCUGGACUGCUUUCCUCCAUUGGAGAAUUAAAGCAUGCUCUUUCUGACAAGGCAUGUGUGAAAGCCUUUGACCCAAAGACAACUUGCUUACAGGAAUGCCUUAUCACCACCUUCCAGGAAGCCUACUUUGUUUCAGAAAGUUUUGAAGAAGCCAAAGAAAAGAUGAGGGACUUUGCAAAGUCAAUUACCCGUCCCUUCUCAGUCUACUUCAAUCCCUACACACAGAGUAUUGAAAUUCUGAAAGACACCAGGAGCAUUGAAAACGUGGUGCAGGACCUCCGCAGCGAUUUGAACACCGUGUGUGAUGCCUUGAACAAAAUGAACCAAUAUCUGGGAAUUUGAUGUCUGGGACCUGUGUCAUUGCCAGCCUGAUCUUUUGGGGGCUUAGCAGCAAUUCAGUCCAUGUCAUAUAACACCAAUAGCUUUCUGUGUCUUGGCUUGGCUAGUAAGCAUGCAAUUCUGUAUAUUUCUACCUACUUGCAACUUACUGUGAUAAUGUAUGAAACACCAUAAAGAACCCGAUGACAGAUAACCACUCAUUGUAUGAAAGAUCGUAAUACAUUUAAAUGUCUUAAAUAGAUUUGACAUUCCAGCUUAGUGUCCUUAACCAAGCUGCAGCUAUUGAAAAUUGGUAACAAAUAGCCCUCUUAUGAUUCUAGCUCGUGACCUUUCCUUUCUCAGACCUGAGCCUUUCCUCUGUGUUCAUUAGAUAACAUGAAAAUAGCAGUGAAACUGUUUCUAUUUUCUCUAGUAUCAGUGUUUUCACAGCACUAUUUGAGAUAAACCCAGAAUUGUAUGAAACUUCCCAUCACAUUAACAAAAGAUUCAGUGUUCUGUUUCAAAAAUUGAAAGUAGCGAGCACACUAGUUGGAAUGGUUUUUAGGUUGAUUAUUUAUACAAUGUAAGAAAAGAGAAAUUUCCACAAAUAGAAAAUAUAUGUUGCAUUGACCUUGUAGAAACUGAGUUGUGACAUGCUUCCCAAAGUAUUUUGGAAGAAAACACUUCCAGAAAGGACAUUAGGAAAGACUAAACAAUGGGGAAAAAUCUUGGGACUAUGAAUUUUAUGCUGGAAUAAAGAGAUUAUCAUUCUCAGCUGGUUAACCCAUUUCUCCUGGAGAAUAAUUAUAUCAUAGAGCUUUGAUUUCAAUGACAUAGAAAUUGAGUCUCAGAGAGCUUAAGUGAUCUGCUUAAAGUAGCACAGUUAGUGGUGCACCAACAUUUACAGCCCAUCACAUCUCACUUUUGGAUUGCUAAGACAUUCAACUUGGUGUAUGUAUGUAUUUAUGAUGUGUAGUCAUAGAAGGGAAACUAAUGCUUGUCAAAACUAAUGUUUAUCACUAAAUAGGACAUGGUUUGUGAUCAAGGGUUGACAGCAGUACAGAAAUUUCCUCUCACACCCCCCAACCAAGCUAGGUCUCUGGGAGUCUGUCCACUUGGCUAAAGUUUGGGCAAAUUUGGGUAAACAAUAGUGAUAUACCACAAAUUUCAGUCAUCUUUGCUAUAAGAGGUAUAAUCAGGUGAUUAAGUGAACAAAUAAAAAAUUGCUGAAUGAGCAAAUGAAUUUUAGCUUCUGAUUCCCUUAACAAAUGCAAUCACUGUUCCUCUAAUUCUGCUUUAGUAGCACAGAAUACUGGGUGGAGGAAAGAGGGGACACGAAAAA